UUUAGUCCGUCUCUAAUUUUAGAAAUUCUUUUUUCUCUAAUGAGGUGAGACUCAUUCUCCACUUUCAAUACUUUCAAUACUUUCAUCGUUCCAAACUCAAAGUACAUAUGUCUUUGGGGACGGAGGGAGUGUAGUAUAAAGACAAAGUGGUAGAGCGCUCGCGCACGGGGUUCGAUUCCCCGCACCUCCAAUUAACUCUACUUUUGACGUUGACGUGGACAUUUGUGAUUGGUGUUUUGAUGUUUUUCUUUGUGAUUGGCAAUUUAGAAUUUAGUUGUUGAUAAGGACUCAGGUUCUCUCUUGCAACGAUAACACGUGCAUUCCAUGUGUCAGCAGCCGACCCAUCCAUCCCCCAACUUCUAUAACUUUCCAACACAAUCCACAUGUCCCCAUAAGAUCAACACACGGUUUAUAAAACAACCGAUCCAAUAUCAACCUCAUCGUCAUCCCCUACAAAAAAACAAAAGAAGAGGAAGAAAAAAAGAAACCGAAAUGGCAAAUUCAAGCGAGGAAUUCCGGCUAACCCUGCCCGGCGUGAGCCAGGAUGGGCGGCUGCCCCGCCAUUACCAGGCUGAUGGGCAGGGGGCGAAGAAGAACAUCUCGCCCCCUGUCGAAUGGUACAACGUGCCGGAGGGGGCCAAGAGCCUGGCUCUUGUGGCGCGAGACAUUGACGCGCCUGAGCCAGAGGCCCCCAUCGUCCCGUUUAAUAUAUGGGUGGUUGUGGACAUCCCGCCCACAAUGAAGGGGCUACCAGAGGGGUUUUCCGGCAAGGAGGCGGAAGCCGGGAUUAAAGAAGGGACGAAUGAUCUCAAGAAACACGGCUGGGAGAUGCCUAAGAUGCCCAACCCCGGCCACCGGAUUGAGUUCAAGCUUCUUGCUUUGGAUCUAGAAUUGAAUCUUGGCAAUAAGGUGACGGUGGACAAGUUGUUGGAAGCAAGUGAAGGGCACGUUGUGGGCGAGGCCGUUUUCAUAGUUACUACCUAAGUUAGUAUAGUAUUUGUAAACCACAUUUCCUUUAUAUUCGGCUACUAUAAUAUCUAUAUAUGUAUGUUUUGGGUUUAAUUUGGACUUCUCAAUAAAUAUUAGCAAAAUUUAAGCGCGA